AUGUGCCUCGUUCUCGUGAUGUAUCUGCGGUGGAACCGGCACAUCGCGCUUACAGGGGACUCCAAUGCAGCUAGAAAAGUUUUGUUACCGGCGUUUGCACCUCUGUUGUGGCUACUUGCAGGCUCUGUUGGCGUGUACUCCGUGGUGAUGGCGCUGUUCGUGACGCUCAAGUGGUUUCGAGGCAAGUUUUCAGACGCGCUGCUGGAAGUCUUCUACAGCAUGCGCUUGUUUGUGUUUGGACUCGUCAUGGUGUUUUUGUUGCAGAAGAGUGUUUCAAUUCCAGCACUCCGACGCUCCGUGGUGAUCACACUGGUUUUGGCAUUGUAUACCCUCCCGGUGGAAAUACUGUUGAUGACGUACGUGGCCCCAAGUCGAGCAAACCUCGCCUUCACGAUAAUGGCUGCUGUGCGAGCGUUAAUGCUGAUCUUCUUCGCGUUCGUGUUUGUGCGACCUCCGGCUCGAGCUACUAAGCGCACUUUGAGAGAGUACUGCCUCUUUAUUUUCACUUACUCGGCUCUGCACUUCAGCAGUGAAUUUUGCUUUCACAUCGGAUCGAGUACUGUUGGAUUUGCGCUAACGUACGCGACAGUAUUGUGGGCUGUUAUGUCUCCCUUGGUUGUUUGGCGAGUGCUGAAAGCUGACACUGAGUUCUGGAGGGGGUUGGGUCAACGCGCUGUGGAGUUGCAGAUGCUCUUCCGUCAGAGGCAUAGUAUCGAUGAACGAAUAUCGUCGCAAGGUCUGCACGUGCUCAUCGAAAUGCAUCGCAAGCUGAUCAUCGACUUCGCACAGCUACAGCUUCAGAGAAAGAUCGGCACAGGGGCAAGCGCCGUCGUUUUCAGUGGAUUAUUGGAUGCCGUCACUCCUGUCGCUGUCAAAGUUUACACACCGACGCUGUUUAGUGAUGAAACAGUGACCGAGUUUUCCCAAGAAGCCGCCCUGUGCGGUGCGUUGAAGCAUCCGAACAUCGUCACGUUUCACGGAAUGUGUAUUUACCCUCCGACAAUUUGUCUGGUGUCGGAGCUUUGUCAAGGAACGCUUUCUGAAGUUACCUGCACUGCGAGAGUCAGGUUUACUGGCAACGGGUCGCGUUUCCACAACCGGCAGCAGAUGCUGUUAAAUGUGUGCUAUAUGCUGGACGCUGCUCGUGCAGUAGCGUAUUUGCACAGCUUCUCCCCGCCGUUCCUUCAUCGAGACAUUAAGCCGGACAAUUUUCUGGUAGACGUCCGUGGAACAGUCAAGCUCACGGAUUUUGGGGAGUCACGUAGUCUAGCUCGGCCCCAGAAGCCGAAUACAGGUUCUAACGCAGCCAUACCAGAUUAUUUGACGGACUACGCUGCAUUUGCAAGUUCCCCGAUGGCAACAGAGAUCCAGUCAAUGAUGACUUCGUUUCCGAAGAUGACUGUGAAAGGUACGGUGGACUACAUGGCGCCGGAGAUUAUCAACGGCAAGGCAGGGCUUGCAGCGUAUGGAGAAGCUGCGGACAUUUACUCGUUAGCAAUGACUAUGUGGGACGUAUUGCACCCUGGCGCCGACAAAUUUCCUGACCUCAAGAGCAAUCACUUGCAGAUAUUUGCAUCCGUGGUGGAAGGGAAGCGUCCACAACUUGAAGUGGACAUUGGAAAUGAAGAGCUUCACGCAGGUCUAUGUGAAAUUAUCAAAGCAGCUUGGCAACCCACUGCUCGGUUACGCCCUAGUGCUCACGACAUUGUCAAGGCAUUGGAACGAGUCCAAGAGGAACUACUAGCAGUUUUUGCGAACGAGUUGCUUCCGGAACUUACCAACGCUAUCAGCUCCUCUGUGUGCAAGACACGCCGAGGCACCGCGGACGUUUUUACUGGUGAGCUAAUCGUUGCCCGUCUUCAGGACAUGAAGUUUGUACACAGCCCAUGUGAAGCCGUUAGACUGGGGAAUGCCUUCAUGGACGCAGGCCUGUUGCACCACAAGAAGCACGACUACAGCUUUGAGAACACGGGACUCCAGUAUUUCUUUGACGAGGACAACAUCAGUCUUUGUCAGCCUUUGGAUAACGGCAAGGCUUCGGUGGCCAUCAGCAUGUGUGAAGAAAACAGCCCCCUCGAUCUCGAUGAUGAUCUUGAGCGACAAAGGGAGCGGUUUGGCUCAUGUUCUUUUCGGGAGUCUGCUACGUGCUCAUUUUCGGAAGACCAUAGCAGCGUGCACAACAAUGCUACGGCGUCCAAACCAUUCAGCCUGUCUGAAGGAUUGGUACGGCCAAGUACAAAUGCUGGAACUAGCGUCAGCGGUGGCAAUGACUGUCGGUGUCGGAAGCUGGGGCAACGCCUUGAAGCUCCUCGAAUGGCUCGCAGACAACGGCUGCGACGAAAGUUCAGGGGGGCGAUUGGUGAUGAACACGCGCUAACUACGAAGUUGCUGGAGGUUGAUGAUUCGGCCGUGACACCUAAAGAAUUCGAGAUUGGUCACAACAUGGAUGCCUUCGACUUCGUUGCGAUGAAUGUCCAGGCAGCAUAA